GAGAAUGACACAACAUGAAGACGAGGGACAAAAGUAGGAAAAAUACGACGUGACAGAUUUGUAGAACACCGUCAUCGAGUCCCUAAAUAAAAAUCUCUACAUAUUUUGUUUUAAUGAAAAAGCAAUUGCUGUGCAAACUUGAUUUUUAAACACGGGAUACAGCAGCUUUAGUCUCAAAAUUUGUCUUUCAGUUUUUUGCUUUUAACGUAGGCUAAUAAAAUGUUUACGCGAGUAGCAGAAAGUACCGAAUUAACUGUGUAUAAAGUGGACUCGGCAACCGAGCUGAGAUGCGCGAAGGGCGAUGCCUCCCUUAGUUUUUGUGGGUCCUGUGCCUCGUGUAUUCUCAAAUCGAAACUUUCCGCGACUUCAGAGUGGUUCAGACGAGCAGGCGACGUGACAAAAAAGAGGUUUCUUACCGGCAUCAUCAAGAGAUGCGAGAGCCUGGAUUUGCUGCAGAAUAUAGAGAACGUUUUGAAAGCGACGAUGGGGAAAGAUUUCACCUACUCCAGGUCCCGAGCUAACCCUAGCCUCCCCCAGGAUGUGACCACCUGGGGCUCCGACCGAGCACUGGACCCGAAAGUGCUCGGGAAAGACAUGCUGGAGACCUGGGACUGGUUCAAACGGAGCGGGUACUGGAGCAAAGCGAACUACAUGCUUGGGCUGCUGGUGAUGUGUGAUGCUGAGAUCUUACAUGUGGCAGGCAACCUCAUUAGAGUUCUGGUUGUAAGGCAGAAAAAAAAUGCCUUCUCCAGAAAGUCUUGCGGAGACCAUCAGGAGGAUGAGACCGCUUCUCUCCCAGAGUCUCACUACUCGUUCCGGACAGACCAACACCCAGAGCUGGACCUGCUGAUGCAAGCCUGUCCCGGGUACGAGCCUGUUACCAAGGAAACAUUCCCCAGCAACUGGGGCCAAGAAUCGGAGGAUGCUGUGAUAGCUGAGGACGCAUCCCUGGGAUCAGCGGGGCCAGUCGACUCCAGACAGCUGAUGCAGGGCCCCUGGACAGGGGAGGGGCAGGGGAGGUUGUGCACCAACAGCACUGAGUGCAGUGAUGAGGACUCGGUGUCCUCUGACCACCCUGCCCUCAUGAUCGUCCCCACCUCCUUCCAGUCCACGUCAGGGGUCAGCCGUUACAGAGACUUCCUGCGCGGGCUGCCUGUACACCUGGCCAAGUGUAUCCUGGGGUUUCUGGAUAAGCAUUCCCUGGUGAACUGCUUGUGCGUUUCCCAGUUUUGGCGGUUCCUGGCAGAGGAGGUCCAAAAGGAGGUGGUGGUUUGUAGAAUGGUCCAGAAUGAGGCGAUGAUCCUGCAGGGGAGCUCCCCCAAAGGAAUCAGUGCUGUGUAUGCCAAAAUCUGCAAUGUGCCUGUGCCAAUGUCUGCAGAUGAUGGGAGUCUCAUCCCUGUACUGAGCAUCGGUAAACCAAAGGAUUCCAGUUUGGAAGCAGUCUAUGCCGGGCUGCAAACCAAAGCCGAAAAAAUGGAAGAGAGGAACGUUUACUGUGGAUCUUACAAUGUCCUUGUACUGUCCGACCAUGAAGACCCAUCUAGGACAGUCCAUUACAACGGAAGGAGGCUGUUGGCGAUCGGCUCUAAAGACAGGAAGGUCAGAAUCCUUGAUGUGGUCAAAGCCAAGGAAGUGCCUCCUACCAUCAGCGGCCAUGCUGGGAGUGUCAUAGUGGUGUUCAUCUGUGAACAAAGAGGCGUUGUGAUCAGUGCCGGUUAUGAUCUGAGCAUCAGAUGCUGGAACAUUAACUCUGGAGACUGUAUGAAGAUCCUACGAGGUCAUCUGGGCACGAUAGGCUGCUUAGAUCUGUAUGAAAACAGUCUGGUGUCUGGAGCUAAAGACUGCAAAGUCAAAGUGUGGAACAUACUGACGGGGAAUUGCAUCAAUAGGUGUAAUUUUAAGCACAAAGACCCCAUCGUGGCUGUGAAGAUAAACAGGGAGUAUGUGCUGAGCAGUUGCAAAGGAGGCCUAGUUAAACUCUGGCACAUCGCCACUGGCAACCUCAUCAAGACUCUGCAAGGACACCAGGGGGAAGUGAAGGGGCUUUACUUUGAUGACUGGCACAUCUUCUCGGGGGGAGAGGAUGGAUACGUCAAGGCGUGGAGCAUGCACCCGCAGUUCAACAGGUGCCUGAGGACUUUCAGACACCCAAAGGAAGUCACAUGCCUGGCAUUCCAAUACCUGCGUCUGAUCAGCGGCUGUGCGGACGGGAAGAUCCGGAUCUUUAACUUCCUGACGGGAGACUGUCUCCGGGAGAUGAGAGCCAACAGCAGAUCAAACCCAGUCCUCUCCAUCAACCUCAGUGAUAACAGCAUUGUGCUGAACACCCAGUCCAGCGUGCUGCUGUUCCAGUUUGCACAGGUGGAAUGGGACUACAAGGUGCAGGAGGUGGUGAAGCAGCAGCGGAGGGACUAUAACUUAACGCCAGCCCUCAAGAAGCACUCCUACCCCUAUGUACGCGCCCAGCGCAUGAAGAGGGUGGGCUCCACCAACCAGAAGAUCUACCACCGAGGGGAGAAGGAGCUGGACACAGCAGACGCUGGACUCUCCCACCACGCACGCAGCCUGUCCGCAAACAAGAUGCAGAGGGCACAAAGCAUUCAGAAGGAGUCAAUGAGGCCGGCAACAUGGAACGAGCUGCAGAGCUACCGCCGGAGCAUGGCGUACAUCGACCUACAGCCAGAGUUCUUCACCAAGCCACCCUCCGUCCUUGAGCCAGGCAGACCCUUUCGGAGCAUCAGCCCCGAGCCACAGAGCAGGGCGAGCCACGCGCCAGACUCGGCUAAAGAAUCGGGCCGAGGGUCUUCAUUACGCCUGGCUCGCAGUGAGCACUCUGUGCUGGAGCGUGUGAGGAAGAGGGGGCCCCAUGGUUCCAUAACCCCUGAGCGCCUCCUGCUGUCUGUUAGCACGCUCCAGCGUUCGCAGAAAUCAGGCGAAAACACGGAGCGCAACUCUGCCGUCCGGGAUGCCUGGGGCUCCCUUUCCUCCCCUCAGUCAGUUGGGAAGCUGACUGGGCCGACGAAGAAACAUCCAAAAACACCUGCCGAUCCCACCUCUCUGGGUCGCUCCGUGGAGAUGGUAACAACCUACACUCCGCUAGUCACCAAAGGGGUGGAGCUGAAGCUUGGGAACUCUUUCUACGGGAGUCACGUCAAAUCCAGCAUUCCCAAACCAUCCCUUGUGAGACCCCAAUCCUGCGCGGGAUUCGGAGAACCGAGAAAGCAGGGAGCCGGGAAGAAAAGGCCACAGAGCACAUCCGGAGUGCAGGUUCAGGAGAUCGGCAGCUUCACCACUACGGCAGAGGAGCUGCUCCAGAUGACACCGAACAGGAUGGGGAUUUUCAGAACCCCCACGAAGCAGGUCACCUUCAAAGAGGCCAGCGUGAAGAUCGAGAGCCCGAAGCAGAGGGAUCCCUACCGGGAGCACAGUAUGUUCAGGCUGUGGACGGCCAAGCAGGAGAAGCAGGCAUGCCAGCACAGCCUGGCUGAGAAGAAGGAGACUGAUGACAGGGAUGCCGAGUGCAAGAGAGCCUGGCUUAUGAAAGUCAAGGGGCUGCCCAUUGCAGACUUCACCAAAGAUGGCCAAGUGGCUGCCCCUGAGCUGGGCUAUGGCGUUUACAUCUGAGAUCACUGAGCCGUGCUGAACUCAUGGCUCUGUAUAGACUUAACAGCGUUUUGUGGGCUGUGAAGGAAUACCACUUUUAUUCCACAGGUUCAGGAAUACACAAAUAUCACGCCCUAAUAUUAGCUCUGGAGUGUCAGUUGAGGUGAAAUGUUGAUGGAAUAUAAGAGUAGUUUAUUGUAAUAACAUGUACGUUAACUGAUUUUGAUCAUGUGAUAUUGUGUAUUUACAAUGUAGCUUUGAAACACUGUUGUAACACUUCUAAAAGGUUACAAUCAAUACUUUCCAAUACUGUAUACUUUGUUAUAGGUAACCGCUGUACCAAAACAAACACAAGAUGGCAGUAGAGCUUCAGCAUAGAAAGUAGAAUGCACUUUUUUAAAUUUUUAAUGGUAAUUUCUAAGGCAAAUGGUGUCCUGUAACCAUACUUUCCAAAAUGCUAUAGUAGAUACUAUAGUAUAUUAUAGGAUACUGUAGGGUUUAGGAUGGUACUACAGUAUUUGUUUUAUAAGUGUAAAACAAAUGUAAAAAUAAUGUGAUAUCUUGGAACAAUUGUAAGUCACCCUGGAUAAGGGCGUCUGCUAAUAAAUAAAUAAAUAAUAAAAUAAGGGGUGCUAGCAAGGGACAGGCCUCGAUAUGCCAAACACACGCUGCUCAGCUACCCACUUUGCUGCUGAAUCUGAACCAAAAAUACAUUGUGUGUUGUGCUGCCUCCACCUGGGUGUGUUGGCUCUAUCCACCUUUUCUAAUUAGAGCAGACCAAGCAGACUGCACUUACAAAGACAGGCUGAUAAUGGUAUUAUCUGACUUGCCAGCUCCCCUACAGUUCAGUUAAUUAGAGUGAGAGGGAGAGAGGGCGCCGAGUCAAGCAUUUAUACCGUUUAAAAAAACGCCUAUAUUAGCUCUACUACUGGCAUGUACCGUUUUUUAUUUAUUAAAAGGCAAUUAAAUCUCUUAUAAGAAUAUACAUGAAAAGUGAUACAGAUGGGCUGAAAAGUGAACAUCUGGUCAUGGCAGCGUUAGCAGGGUAUUUGUUGUGCAUUGUGUGUCAUAUAUGUUACAGUGGUUUGAAAAAAGUGCCGGUAUGCACAGAAAAAAAUGUGCUGGGGAGGAUUCGUUUGAUUUUACCACAUUCAGCCAGAGCUACAGAUUAUGAUUAAUUAUGUACAUUUUAUUCACAGUCAGCAGUACUGAUAGGUAGUGUGUAAAUAGUACUGAGUGGUUUUUUUUUUUCAGUUUUUGAUUAACGUUCCUUUUUCCUGUUGAUUUGUAUAAGUUUCAUUUAUAUCCAAGCUGAAAUGGGUAAGUUCCAGCUGGAAUAUACCACAGUUGGUAUCAUACAAGUGAUAAAAAAAGAAAAAACAAGUCAAAGUAGCACAAAUCACAAAUAAAUAUAUAAAAGAGAGACGGCUGCAGAUUUAGCUGUUGUUUUUUUUUCUUUCCUUUCCUUUGUAAGUGCUACUAAUUGUUCUAGGGGAGUACAAAGCACUUGACAAAUUUAUCUUCCAAACAACUCAAGGGAGAUUAAAGCCUGGGAUCCCAGGUGGGUUCAUGUGAUUAGUUUUUGUAGCGGAGGAUGAUCUGUUCAGAACUUCUAACGGCUGUGGCAGAUUUCUCUCCCCUGAAAAGUCUCUAAUGGCUGAUAAAACAGCCCAGGGCCGAUUAUCUAAAGAGCUCCAAGCUGUGGAUCCGACAGUGAAGACAACACCAGUGUUCUCGUACCACUCCGAGAUCCCUGCCCUUUGGAGGGUUGUUAGUCUUUGCAUGGAUUUAUUUUUAUUUUUUAGAGCUCAAUUUAGCAAAGCAAUAUCCACCACCACCCAAAUAGCUCUUUCAACAAACUCGCUUUUUGGGUAUUUUCUUGGUUUCCUGCCUAAUUGAGAUUUUUAAGACUAAGACUGUCGGAUUAAACAGCAGGCAUGACCACACAAUUUACACUAUCUACCUCUGGAGUAUUGGAACUUUGAGAAUAUUAACAUUUGAGAAAAGGUAUUACUGCACUUCUCUCAUCUAUACACACACUUUAGCCCCCACCUCUCUCUAUAUGGCCCCUAGCACAGCUAUAGUUGUACAUUGGGGUGUAAUGAACCACAUUCUACCUCAAGGAGGCGACAGAUCUCUCCUGGUGUCUCAGAUCAGAUUCUGUUUUGACAGGUGAAGUGCUUGGCAUCAACAGAACCAAGAAUUGUCUCGGCUGCAAGGAUACACACCACACAUUCAGUGACACGCAAGCGGUAUCACUGGACAGAGUGUGUGCUUGCUGAGUGUAUGUUAUAAAAACAGACACACAGCCUGCAGAGAUAGUUUUAGAUGGCUGUGAGAUGGAAAUGCAGUCUCGUGGGAUUUUUUCAUGGGUACUUAGUUAGGGUGCUUGGUUUGUCCAAGCCAUU